UGUAACACCUCAAGGAAGUGACCAAUAUAGCAUUUCGCACUUAGUUUGUUUUCAUUUAUUUGAGCUACCAGACAGAAUACCACCUGUACAUCACUAACUUCAACAUGUCUUCAGACUUUGAAUCCUACGAGCAGGACUUUGGGACCCUUACAGCAGAAAUAACUAACAAAAUUGGAAAAAUUCCCAAAUUAGGUGGAGAGGAGAAGACACAGCUGGUUCUUAAUGUCGACAAACAGCUUGAAGAAGUCAGAGAGUUGCUGGAGCAGAUGGACCUGGAGGUACGAGAGAUACCCAUCCAGAGCAGAGGCAUGUACAACAGCAGAUUGAAGAGCUACAAGCAGGAGAUGGAGAAGCUGGAGAAAGACUUUAAAAGGUCACGUAUUGCCUACAGUGAUGAGGUGCGGAACGAGCUCCUGGGGGAGGACCCGGGCUCCUCAGAGAGUCAGUUGAUAAAGUUACGUGAAGAGAGAGCACAUCUGUUGGACAACACAGAGAAGUUGGAAAGGUCAUCCCGGAGGCUGGAAGCUGGCUACCAGAUAGCUGUGGAAACUGAGCAAGUGGGCCAAGAGAUCCUGGCUAACUUAAAUACUGACCGUGAAAAGAUUCAGAGAGCCAGAGAGAGGCUGAGGGAGACAGACGCCAACCUAGGCAAAAGUUCCCGUAUCCUGACAGGCAUGCUGAGAAGGAUCAUCCAGAACCGUAUCCUGGUCUUCAUCCUUGGUGCCAUCAUCCUCCUCACCAUCAUUCUGGCCAUCUAUUUCAAUCUGCGAGGCCACUGAUCUCAAAACACUCACACACACCCUCACACACUCAUACACACCUUCACACAAACACUUGUGAUUAAUAGCGACAAAAAGCGUUGCUCUAGCGUAAUUAGGACAAAUGGCUCCCAUUAAUCACUCUUUCCAGGGCCUGACAGGGCCCUUUCUCCUUUCUUUCUCUUCUUUAUUUUUUCUCCACUCUUUUUCCCUCUCUUACUCUCUUGCUGCUUUGUUUUGUCUCUCCCUCCUCUUUCUUUUCUACUUUUAAAGGAGGCACAUGGGGCAUACUGACCCUCAGUUUUAUUUUGUAUGUACAUAUUUUUAUGAAAGUUGAAAUGAUUCACCAUUGUCAUUCAACUGAUGUUCCAUGGGGUUAGACUGUCCCGGGGUAGAAGACCUAUGGGAAUGCAGAACGAAUAGCUGUUGUUUAUUUGGUACAUCCAAAUCUUAUGUAAUAUCUGUGCAGUCAUGUGUGUAUAAAAAACAUGCUUGCUUAAAACAUGUGUAUGUGUGUGUUGCAUUGUCUGAAAGCGUGUGCAGAGAACAUUCUCAAUAUCAACUUUUUCUGCAUCUAUGUAGAAUGUGCGACAUCUGUUUACUUUCCAUAGAUAGCCUAUAGACACGGGAACCUAUAUUAUGUUAUAAUUCAGACUCAAGCUCCAGGCAUGAAGCACAUUGCUACCCACUUUAUAAAACCAAGCCACCCAUGUUUUACAGCACAAAGGACAGUGCCUUGAUACAAAAGGAAAAUGAGUUGGUAGUCAGUCAUUUUUUAAUUCUGUUUCUACUUACCUAAAGGGAUUUAAGUUGUCAUCCUCCAUGUAUAUGAUGUAAACACAAUUGAUGGGUAAGAACUAGCUGUUGCAAUCCUAAUCAUGACAUUUUUUCUCGGGUUGCAGACUUGGUGACUGACUUUUGUAUGUUUUUGUUGUCGUUUUUUUACAUCAAAUUAUUGACGUCAAGAGUAUACAAAUAAUCCAAUAACAAAUAACUCACAUAGAUUUAAAGCAAAGUGCAUGAGGUUUACUUCAAGUUUAGUUACUAAAACUUUAACCCUUCUGAAAUGUUAUGUUUUUCUAAAAGCCCUGACUCUUUGCCCCCUUUGCUCCACUGUCCACACAAUGAAUGGGAUUUCAAUAUUCUCCAAUUUCCUGUUUUCUGAAAUAGAUUCUCAAUUCAUUGUUAGCAAUAUACUGUACUAACUGGCAAAUCAGCAUAUGAUGUGUUUUCUUUACACAGUAUUGUUAAUUUGGUUACUAUUUAUUUAUGUACGUGUUUGAGAAAUGAUUGCUUUUUGAUUUUUAUUAGAGUGUCUGUGAUAGUGGUGUGUAUUUAGAGAGGAUUGUGGGUGUUCUAAACUUAAAUGAAUGCAGACAGUUGUUUUUUGUCUUGGAGAUCAUUGGAUAACUAACAGGACCAUGUUUUUUUAUCAACAAAGAACUGUUCUGUUUUUCAGUCAUAUAAUUGGUAUUUAUUUGGAGUUUGGAUUUGUAAAAUACUUAGACUUAACGUUGAAAUGUUGCAUGCUAUGUGUGUUUUAAACGUUUAAUUCUUAUUAUAAGUUCUUUAUUAAAAUGAGGAGAAAGCAA